AUGGCGCACCCACAGCAGCAGAUCGCCUUGGAGCGACUGGAGAUUAUAACGCGCGGAUUACGCUCCCGGUCUGGCGAUGAUUCUCGCAAGAGAUCCGCGCUUCAAAUGCGCGAGCUCGUGGCUGUAUGCCAUCGAGACAUGAACGCCGAGCAGUUCAUCACAUUCUACAAUGCCGUCAACAACAGAAUCACGCAGCUCAUUACCCACGGAAACGACUCUUUCGAACGAUUGGGCGGAAUUUAUGCUCUCGAUGCCUUGGCCGACUUUGACGGUGUCGACAUAGCUGCCAAAUAUACGCGCUUCACACAAAACCUCAAAACAAUAUUGCGGGGGAAAGACAUCAACCCUAUGCAGCCCGCAGCCAUUGCACUCGGAAAGCUCUGCCGCCCCGGAGGCUCCAUGAUUUCCGAACUUGUAGACUCCGAGGUCAAUACUGCCUUCGAAUGGCUCCAGAACGACCGAGUCGAAGAACGACGAUACAGCGCCGUGCUCGUCCUACGUGAACUUGCCCGCAAUGCCCCUACCCUCAUGUACCAGUAUAUACCCACGAUUUUUGACUGGAUAUGGGUCGGCCUCCGGGAUCCAAGGCAGCUCAUUCGCGUUACAUCUGCAGAGACUGUCAGUGCUGCCUUCAAGAUCAUCCGCGAGCGAGAUCAGGAAAUGAAAGAGAUAUGGAUGAACAAAAUAUACAACGAAGCGAGACAGAGCCUCAGAUAUGGAACUGUCGAAUCCAUCCACGGCUCAUUGCUUGUCUUUAAGGAGCUUUUGGAGCAGGGCGCCAUGUUCAUGCAAGAGCAUUAUCAGCAGACCUGUGACAUUGUCUUCAAGCACAAAGAUCACCGGGACCCAACUAUUCGCAAGACCGUCGUUAUUCUCAUCCCCGACCUGGCCAGUUACUCCCCCACUGAAUUUGCUCACUCUUGGCUCCAUAAGUUCAUGGUGUACCUCUCCGGCAUGCUGAAGAAGGACAAGGAGCGUAACGACGCCUUCUUGGCCAUUGGUAACAUUGCCAACUCAGUUAAGAGCGCCAUUGCACCGUAUCUUGACGGGGUCCUCAUCUAUGUUCGCGAGGGCCUGAGCGUCCAAUCGCGGAAGAGAGGCACUGUCGAUCCAGUUUUUGAUUGUAUCAGCCGCUUGGCUGUUGCUGUCGGCCAAACGCUCAGCAAGUACAUGGAGGCGCUGCUCGAUCCUAUCUUUGCAUGUGACCUAACGCCAAAGCUCACCCAAGCCCUGGUUGACAUGGCCUGGUACAUUCCACCCGUCAAGCCGACAAUCCAAGAACGACUGCUGGAUAUGCUGAGCAUUGUCUUGUGCGGCGAGCCCUUCAAGCCCCUUGGAGCCCCCCAGCCCAACACGUUGAAUUCGGUCCCCAUCAUUGCCAAGGACCCUAAGGACCCCCAGGUGUACGAGCACCGGAAGGCCGAGGUCAAGCUGGCGCUUAACACUCUCGGCAGCUUCGACUUUUCCGGACAUGUGCUCAACGAGUUUGUGCGUGAUGUAGCUAUCAAGUACGUCGAAGACGAGGACGCCGAGAUAAGGGAGGCAGCAGCUCUUACUUGCUGCCAACUCUACGUGCGAGAUCCGAUUGUCAACCAGACAAGCUACCACGCUCUCCAGGUUGUUGGUGAUGUCAUAGAGAGGCUCUUGACUGUUGGUGUGUCUGAUCCCGACCCUAACAUUCGACGCACUGUACUUGCUGCCCUGGAUGAGCGCUUUGAUCGACACCUCGCUAAGGCCGAAAAUAUUCGCGUCCUCUUCUUUGCGCUCAACGACGAAAUCUUCUCCAUCCGGGAAGUCUCAAUCAGCAUUAUUGGACGUCUGGCUCGCUACAACCCAGCCUACGUCAUCCCUUCUCUUCGCAAGACGCUUAUUCAGAUGCUCACCGAGCUUGAGUUUUCCGAUGUUGCCCGCAACAAGGAGGAGAGCGCCAAGCUUCUCAGGCUUCUCGUACAAAAUGCGCAGGCCCUCAUUAAGCCCUACGUGGAUCCUAUGAUUUCGGUGCUUCUGCCAAAGGCGAGCGACCCCAACCCAACAGUUGCUGCUACCAUUCUCGAAGCUAUCGGUGAACUGGCCACUGUCGGUGGUGAGGACAUGCUCCAGUACAAGGAUCGCCUCAUGCCAAUCAUCAUUGAUGCCUUGCAAGACCAGAGCUCCAACACCAAAAGGGAGGCUGCUCUCCAUGCACUUGGCCAACUCGCAAGCAACUCGGGCUACGUUAUUGAGCCGUACCUCGAGUAUCCUCAGCUCCUAGAGCUUCUCCAGAGUAUCGUUCGUACUGAGGGUCAUGUUAUCCCUCUGAGGCAAGCAACGAUCAAGUUGAUGGGUAUUCUGGGUGCCUUAGACCCCUACAAGCAUCAGGUCGAGGAGCGAAGCCCUGAUAACCAAAAACGAGCCGACUCUAGCCCCAUCACGGAUAUCUCCCUGAUGAUGACGGGCUUAACCCCUUCCAACAAGGAGUACUACCCAACAGUGGCUAUAAAUGCUCUGCUUCAGAUACUCAAGGACCAGUCCCUCGUACAGCAUCACGCUGCUGUCGUCGAAGCAAUCAUGAACAUUUUCAGGACAUUGGGCCUCGAAUGUGUGUCGUUCCUCGACCGCAUUGUGCCCGCCUUCCUCAUGGUUAUCCGGUCAGCAAGCGCCACCCGAACCGAGUCCUACUUCAACCAGCUCGCGACAUUGGUUGGUAUUGUCCGCCAACACAUCAGGAACUACCUGCCCGACAUUGUUGAGGUGAUUCAGGAGUACUGGGCCUCUUCGACCUCGAUGCAGGCCACCAUACUCCUGUUGAUAGAAUCUAUCUCUCGGUCGUUGGAAGGAGAGUUCAAGAUCUAUCUGGCUGGCCUACUCCCGCUCAUGCUAGGAGCCUUAGAGAAAGACGUCACAGCUAAGAGGUCGACGUCCGACCGAAUCCUGCACGCUUUCCUUGUCUUUGGUGCCAGUGCUGAGGAGUACAUGCAUCUGAUCAUUCCGGUCAUCGUCAGGACUUUUGAGAAGCAAGGGCAGCCAACCUUUAUGCGAAGGUCAGCGAUUGACGCGAUUGGCAAGAUUUCUCGGCAGGUCAAUCUCAAUGACUUCGCCGCCAAGAUCAUUCACCCCUUGACACGUGUUCUCGACGUCGGCGAUGCAUCCCUCCGACUUGCCGCCCUGGACACUCUAUGUGCGCUUAUCCAACAACUUGGCAGGGACUAUCUCCACUUCAUGGGUACCGUCAACAAGGUCCUCAGCCAACACCAAAUUCAGCACCAGAACUAUGAUCUUCUUGUUACCAAGCUGCAGAAGGGCGAGGUUCUUCCGCAAGAUCUCAGUUCCGAGUCUCGAUUCGCCGAUGGCGUGGAUGAGCCAGCCCUCGCUGAUUUGCAAGGAAAGAAGCUUGAGAUGAACGCCAUCCAUCUCAAGACGGCGUGGGAUACCCGCGGCAAGUCAACCAAGGAGGAUUGGCAAGAGUGGCUCCGCCGUUUCAGUAUCACAUUAUUAACCGAGUCCCCCAACCACGCUCUGCGGGCAUGUGCAUCCCUGGCGAGCGUUUACCUCCCUUUGGCUCGCGAUCUCUUCAACUCUGCCUUUGUAUCCUGCUGGAGCGAGCUUUACGAGCAGUUUCAAGAAGAGCUGAUCCAAAACAUUGAGAGUGCCAUUAAGUCUGAGAACGUCCCCCCUGAUCUACUUGGACUGCUGUUGAACCUGGCCGAAUUCAUGGAGCACGACGACAAGGCUCUGCCCAUUGAUAUCCGCGUUCUUGGCAGGGAGGCUGCACGAUGCCACGCCUAUGCCAAGGCGCUCCACUACAAGGAGCUUGAGUUCCUCCAAGACCAGAGCAGUGGCGCGGUGGAGGCGCUGAUCGUCAUCAACAACCAGCUGCAGCAGUCUGACGCGGCUAUUGGUAUCCUUCGCAAGGCCCAGCUCUACAAGGAGGGUAUUCAGCUACGAGAGACUUGGUUUGAGAAGCUGGAGCGCUGGGAAGAAGCCCUCGCUUUCUAUACGAAGCGCGAAGCCGAAAUUCCCGAAGACAAGCCAACCCCUCUUGAGAUAGUCAUGGGCAAAAUGCGCUGUCUGCACGCCCUUGGCGAGUGGGAUGCACUGGCAGACCUGACGAGUACGACCUGGGCCAACUCAGCGGAUGAGGUGCAGCGCAAAAUUGCGCCUCUAGCCACAGCCGCAGCCUGGGGUCUGGGCAAGUGGGACACCAUGGACACGUACCUCUCGUCGCUUAAGCGUCAGUCGCCUGAUCGUGCCUUCUUCGGUGCCAUCCUCGCUGUGCACAGGAACCAGUUCCGGAAGGCUGUUGCGUGCGUGGAACAGGCUCGCGAGGGGCUGGAUACCGAGCUGAGCGCCCUCGUCAGCGAAUCCUACAACCGCGCCUACGAAGUCGUAGUCCGCGUUCAGAUGCUUGCCGAGCUGGAGGAGCUCAUCGUCUACAAGCAGUGCGAUGCCAAGAAGCAGGCGACGAUGCGCAAGACAUGGGAGACGCGCCUCAAGGGCUGCCAGCGCAACGUUGAAGUUUGGCACCGCAUGCUUCGUCUGCGCGCUCUGGUCAUUUCCCCUACCGAAAACAUGCAUAUGUGGAUCAAGUUUGCGAAUCUGUGCCGCAAGUCAGGGCGUGUUGGUCUGGCCGAGAAGUCACUCAAGCAGCUGAUCGGCACUGACAAGAGCCUGGAAACUAUCAUUCCGUACUGGGAGGAGACGCAGCCAUUGGUGCCGCAGCAGCAGCCGCAGCCGCAGCCUCAGCUUCGCAAUAUCCCCGCUCAGGUCAUCUACGCCGUUCUCAAGUACGAGUGGGAGAUUGGCCAGCAGCCAGGUCACCGCACGUCCGGUACUGCGGAAAAGACACUCUACUGUCUGCGCAAGUUUACCAACGACUCGGCCCAUCGCCUGGAUGUGGCUAAGGCCCACCUCACAGCCCAGACAGGGAGUGACAUUGCUUUCUCUAAUGACUACGGGUUCCCAGACUAUGUGGACCCAGCUAUCAUGAACCCACGCGCCCACAAGGCUCUCCACGACCAGACAGUCCUCCUGGCCAAGUGCUAUCUGCGCCAGGGCGAGUGGCUGGUGAGCCUGAACAGCGAGGACUGGCAGGAGACACAUCUGGAUGAUGUUCUCAGCUCGUACUCGCAAGCCACCAAGUUCAACCCCAGAUGGUACAAGGCGUGGCACGCAUGGGCCCUGGCCAACUUUGAGAUUGUGCAGCAGCUUUCGGCUAAGAACGAAGGCCACCUGUCUCGGGCGGACCAGAGCCUCGUCAUCGAUCAUGUUGUGCCGGCGAUCCAGGGCUUCUUCAAGUCGAUCGCUCUCUCUGCAGGCAGUUCACUCCAAGACACACUUCGACUGCUGACGCUUUGGUUCGCGCAUGGUGGUAGCCCUGAGGUGACUACAGCUGUGACCGAGGGGUUUGCCAAUGUCACGGUGGAUACGUGGCUCGAAGUUAUCCCGCAACUCAUUGCUCGCAUCAAUCAGCCUAACAGGCGGGUGCAGAACACUGUGCAUGGGCUCCUUGCCGACGUGGGCCGGGCUCAUCCCCAGGCCCUGGUCUAUCCCCUCACUGUGGCGAUGAAGUCGUGGAAGAACACGCGCCGGUCUCGAUCGGCUGCUCAAAUCAUGGACAGCAUGCGCCAACACAGCGCCAAUCUCGUCGCACAAGCGGAGUUGGUCAGUCAUGAGUUGAUCCGCGUGGCCGUUCUGUGGCACGAAUUAUGGCAUGAGGGCCUAGAGGAGGCAUCACGCCUAUAUUUUGGUGAUAAGAACAUUGAAGGAAUGUUUGCGACGCUGGAACCUCUCCACGAACUGUUAGAGCGCGGCCCCGAGACACUACGGGAGAUAUCGUUUGAUCAGGCCUUUGGCCGAGAUCUUAAGGAGGCUCACGAGUGGUGCCAGCAGUAUAGGAGAAGCGGCGAUGUCAAUGACCUCAACCAAGCCUGGGACUUGUACUACCAGGUUUUCCGCAGAAUUUCUCGACAGCUGCCCCAGGUCACGUCGCUCGAACUCACUUACUGCUCGCCUAAGCUGCUCAGUGCCAAAGACCUUGAUCUCGCAGUCCCCGGCACGUACCGUAGCGGACAGCCCAUUGUUAGUAUCACGUCGUUUGAUUCGACCUUUACCGUCAUCAACUCGAAGCAGCGGCCCAGGAAGUUCACCUCCCACGGCAGCGAUGGUGUGGCUUACGCCUUCCUGCUCAAGGGGCACGAGGAUAUCCGACAGGAUGAGCGUGUCAUGCAGCUGUUUGGCCUUUGCAACACGCUUCUUUCCAACGACACUGAGUGCUUCAAGCGACACCUCAACAUUCAGCGGUUCCCGGCCAUUCCGCUGUCGCAGAACUCGGGUCUGCUCGGCUGGGUGCCUAACAGCGACACUCUCCAUGUACUCAUCCGCGAAUACCGUGAGAGCCGCAAAAUCCUCCUCAACAUCGAGCAUCGCAUCAUGCUGCAAAUGGCUCCUGACUAUGACAACCUGACGCUGAUGCAAAAGGUAGAGGUCUUUGGCUACGCGCUCGACAACACUACGGGCCAGGAUCUCUACCGUGUCCUGUGGCUCAAGUCCAAGUCGUCGGAGGCCUGGCUUGAGCGUCGCACGAACUACACGCGCUCGCUGGGUGUCAUGUCCAUGGUAGGAUAUAUUCUUGGUCUAGGUGACCGCCACCCAUCUAACCUCAUGUUGGACCGCAUCACUGGCAAGAUUGUGCACAUUGAUUUCGGUGACUGCUUCGAAGUGGCCAUGAAGCGCGAGAAGUACCCGGAGCGUGUUCCAUUCCGUCUGACGCGCAUGUUGACGUACGCCAUGGAAGUCAGCAACAUUGAGGGCAGCUUCCGUAUUACAUGCGAGCAGGUCAUGCGCGUUCUGAGGGAGAACAAGGAGAGUAUCAUGGCGGUUCUUGAAGCUUUCAUCCACGAUCCUCUUCUCACGUGGCGCCUAACCAACGCCGCAUCGCCAACGGGUCCCAACUUCCGGUCAGAGCGGGAAGAUGCCUUGGUGGGGCCGACUGCAGGUGCCAACGGUGCAGCGGGCGGCAGGCGCCACUCCGUGCUGGAGGGGGACAUCGCCCCCUCGGAGCUCAUUGCCUCCAAUGGCGACUCUAACCUCCCUACCAGCCGUGGACGGGCCCGUACUAACAGCACCACGGCGACGGGCCCCGUGACAGACAGCGGUAGCGUCCUGGGCAAUGGUCUGGCCCCCGUGCAGGAGGCCGAAUCACAGAACUCGCGGGCCGUUGAGGUUCUCGACCGUGUGCAACAGAAACUCACAGGUCGUGAUUUCAAAACCAACGAGGAGCUCGACGUCAUUAGCCAGGUCAACAAACUCAUCAUAGAGGCAACCAAGUUGGAGAAUCUAUGUCAGCACUACAUUGGUUGGUGUAGCUUCUGGUAA